UGUUAGGCGGAGAUGACGGUUCAAUAUAAACUGCUUUAAGCACUGAUGAACCGAAGGCGAAACACGAAAAAAUUAAAAAUUUGAAAUUUAAAUUAAAAUUUGAAUGAAACGGAACGAAUUUCCGAAAUCAGUCAGCAGAAAUCACAAGAAAGCAAGUUACGGCAAGUUCGACAGUAGAUUGAAAUUUUGAUUGUAGUAAGCGGUGAUCCCUUUAGUUACUCUGUUCGAACCAAAUAUUCAAUUAGGCAACAAUUUUAUUCUUUAGAAACAAUGCAUGUUUAUCUCUUGUAAUGGAUACAAACAGUUCCGACAAGUCUCACAAAAUAUCAAAAGGAUCGUCCUUCAAUCAACAGAAUCAGGACGAAGGUGGUAAUGAAAAUCAAUACUUUUACGAGGACGAAAUUUUUUGCAUUGACAGCCGUGGCCGAGUCAAGUUCGGUCUGGUGCUGGAAAAUUUCGAGGUUAGCGAAGAAGAAGGAUUCGAAGAGGAUGCCCUGAAGAAGGGGGAAAUCAGAGCCUGUUGGCACCCGGAUGGUCACGAGGAGAUCGUGAACCAAAGAAAGGUUGGUUUGGCGGAUCGGACGCUUAUGCCGGGUGAUGUCGUUCGAAAGAUGGUCCCGGGAAAGGAUACGCAGCGAGGAUAUUGCCAUGAGAUUUUUGUAAAAGCAGAUGUGAAGAUUGCCGGAACUAAGUAUGUAAUACAAAAUGUGGCUUCAGAUCGGCUGCGUCCCCUAAUGACCAUGCCGAAAGAUAAUGCAGUUUGUCUCGAUUCCUGGGUUGGCAGCACCAAAAACGUCAAUGAAAAGCUGGUACUCAAAUCUCAAUGCGGUUCAUUGGUAGAAAUCCGUCCAGACAUUGACUUCUGUACAUUGAAAGACAGUGAUACCCGAUCUCACUGUGGUUACUUUGCUGGCACCUUUUUCUACCCAGGUCAAACUUUGGUUGGACCGAUCAGUGAUUUGGAGAAUGCGAAAUGGCUCAAUACGUCGGCCGAAAUGAAACUCAACCGAAAACAUAAAAUGGUUGAUCGAAAGUUUACGGUCCAAACGGUUGAUAUCGAAGGCGUUUGGGUACAUUGGCAGUGCAAAGCGUCUUGCGAAGAUGUGGAAGCGGAGUUGAAGAAAGGUGGCAUCCAGCAGCCUCCGGAUUAUGUGACUGGCGAUAACUUGAAACGACUUAAAAAGUUGAAUUUAUUUGAAUCCUGUAUGCUACAGAUAAACGACAAAAAUUAUCUCAAAAUAGAGCCAGGUGACAUGUUUGUCAAAAAGAGUCAGUGGAGAAAGGAACUGAGUUCGAAGUAUAGGAAAGUUGUUGGUAGUGCGAGUUUCGUCGGCAAGAACGACGGAGCGAGUGGAAAUGUGAUCUGUGAUAAUGAAACCCAUAAGAUAACCGUUACGAGUACUGGUGAGAGCGGAUCGCGGGAUAAGAUAGACCCGGAUCGAGCCAAGCUAUGUCCAACAACUUUGAAAGAGAUUGCUAAAUCCAACAAAGUACGACGCAAUUCACCGAGGCGAUCUAACACUGGCGGCGCCACAACAACAACAACAACAGCAGCAGCAACUUGCAAAUUAGCCGAGAGUGACGAAUGGCAAACCGAUUUGGAAGACGAAGAUGAUGAGGACGUUGAUGGUUGCGAUUCAACCCACUCCGACGGAGCUUGCAGCAACAUAUCCUCAUCUUGUUCCAGUACAGCCACUCCGAAAAGUAGCCCCAAAAAAUCGCCUUUGCUAGCGAAGAAAAUACGCAAAUUAAGAAAAAGAACCUCGUCGACAAGCGGUGGCUCUGAUCGGCUGCCCUUGCCUGGAGAUGAAGUAAUAACGGAAACACUGGUGGUGUACAGUUCGGCGACAGUCGUCUGGCAGGAUGGAACCAUCGAGACAAACAUUCCGUCAACGGAGUUGUGUCCCAUACACCAUCUUGACGAUCAUGAGUUUUUCCCCGGCGAUUUUGUACUGGCAGGAAACACCGAUAUGUCGCAUAAUCCUUCGUUCCGUGAUUAUGGUGUGAUUCAGAAUGUAGACCAUCAUGGCCGAACAGCGAAAGUUAAAUGGUUUAGUACAUAUACCUGUUUGAGCGAACCACAGCCGACAUACAACGGCGAGUCGGAAGUUAGUGUGUACGAUUUGAAGGAUCAUCCCGAUUUCCAAUAUCGACCGGGGACAAUUGUGAUUAGGGUAGCGAAUUUCAUUGGUGAAGAUUCCAACUGUAGUGCUGGACAGGUAAUCGAUAACUAUCCGAACGGUAUGGUAAAGGUUUGGUGGGUUGACAACCACGUUAGCAUGUGCUGGCCACAGGAUAUAUUUGAAGUUGGUCAGUAUGAUUCGGAGAAUAAUUUCUGGGGAAACGAUUCCGAUAACAAUUCGUGGGAAACGGAGGAUGAAACGUCCGAAUUGGGUGGCUUAUCGCCGCAACGCGUUUCAAAACCAAAACUUGCGGCAAAUCUCGAAAGAGCACGUGUUGCGAUGGCUCGUUUGGAAGAGCUGUUCAUUAUAAAUCCCCAUCUGCAAAAUCAGGAAAUCAUGAAAAAGCUUCUGAUGGUAUACAAAAAGUGCCGGUAUUUGGACCGAUUAAUGAGUACUUCAUUUUUCCACGAAGACCAUUUCAUGGGAUUGGUCGAAAGGGUACGGAAGUCCAACAAUCAAACAACGGCUGAGCGUGUGCUAGAUCAGAAAAAUAGACUAUUCAAUCAAGGUAGUUCGAAGACGACUACUCCCACGGCAGAAAGUCCGAGCGAAGAUCAGAAGUUGCCAUCAACCAGCAGUCAUAGUAUUUCCUCGAACGGGGGUAUCAAUGGGGGUACUAUUUCGAGAAAAUCAUUUUCCCCACACUAUCCGAGUACUAUGAAUACAUCGCCAUCGUUAAAAUUUCCAACGGGAAACAAUCUGUCCACCUCGUCGGACAUUUCCAGUAUUGACGAGAAUCACACAACUGUAAUGGCCGGUGGUUCCAGUUCGGUUCGAUCCGGUGGUGCAGCUGCAGAAGAUUCCGGUAAUUUCUCUGCCAAAAGCGAUGGCGAAAAUACAAGCUGCAAACAUAAUGCAAGUGAGAGUGGCAAUGAUUCGUUGCUUAAUGCCGAACUGGAUAACGUCAACAACGUGUACAUGAACAUAUGUGAUGAUAUGAAUAACACCAGCUCAGUGUUUAGUUUCCCUUCGCAAGCGAACAACGUUUCGGCAAAGCUUUGUUCACUAAUCAAGGCACAGCUGGUGAAAGCUCUACAAGAGAUCAAUCAACGCUACGGACAGGUUGAUCCUUUCAAAGAAAUAAUUAUCGAAGAAAUACACCUAACACCACCGCCCUACUGUUCCCGGCCGCCUUCAUCCACUCCGUCCCAACAGCCGUCGGUCGUGAAUACACCAACAGUGGAACAAGACCAUAGCUGCCCGUCAGAGGAACCGUCUAGCUUGAUGCCGAACAACAGCAUGGAAUUCAACUUUGUCGAGAGCUUUCAAGUGCUAGAAACGGCACCGAGCAGUCACAAGUACCACUUGACGGUAUUCCAAACCAACAAUGCUCAAAGUUUCUACAAAGCAGUCCAACGGGAACAUAAACUGCUGAGAACUGCCUUGCCACCCGGAGUGUGGGUGCGCACGUUUGAAGAUCGGCUCGAUUUGCUGAGCGUGAUGAUUGAAGGCCCGAAGAAAACUCCCUACGAGGACGGUUUGUUUCUGUUUGAUAUUCAACUGGGUCAGGAAUAUCCAACAGCACCGCCUUUGUGUCACUAUAUUAGCUAUUGUUCGGACCGACUGAAUCCAAAUCUGUACGAAGAUGGAAAAGUUUGUGUGUCCUUACUGGGAACCUGGUCCGGCAAGGGAUCCGAAAUGUGGGGUCCGAACAGCACUCUACUACAAGUCAUUGUUUCUAUUCAGGGUUUAAUUUUAGUAGAUGAACCGUAUUUCAAUGAGGCUGGUUAUGAAAAACAAAGAGGUUCCCAACAAGGACGGGAGAAUUCUCGAAUGUACAACGAAAUGGUGCUACUGAAACUAGUGCAAUCGAUGUCGAAACUGAUCGUCAACCCGCCGGAAAUUUUCAGUGAGCAAAUUUUAGCCCACUUUAGGGAGCGUGGCAGAAACAUGUUCCUGAGAAUCAAAAGUUGGAUGGAUACAUCCAACGAAGCAAAUAAAACUGCUAGCUUGGCUACCCCUGCUUCAGCGAUUGCCAUUGAAACGCCCGGAAAAUCAUCCUCGGCACCGGUAAUUCCUGUUAUCGUUCCAUCGUUGCCGGAUAUAACACUGCCGGAGUUUCCGUUGAUUCCGGCCAGCCGAGGAUUUUGUCUCACACUGGUGGGAUUAUUAGAAAAUUUUCAAAAAAUGCUAGAUUCUAUCGGAAGUGAAUAACCGAAGUCCGAGCUAAGGAUCCCGCCGCUAUUGCCGCAGCCGCCACUACCGUUUCGCGAAAUUUCCCUAUAAUAUCGCGGAUCGGCGUGGUACAUUGUUUACAUGAGUUGUUGAAUAUUUUUAGCGAAUACUUACGUACCGAUACAGAUGAACUCGCGUUUGUACUUUUAUGUUUCUUUGUUCGUCUUUCCCUAUCAAAUACACCAGGUUCCUGAUAUUUUUAGAUUUGAAAAUCAAAGCUUAAAUAGCUAAUCUUUGAAAGUACUGAAAAAAUGCACAAUAUGCUAUGGCUUUUAAACGGUAGAUGAUUUUAUUACAUAUCCAAAACUACCUUUUAGGGUGGGACAAAUCUGAAUUACUGUUUCAAGUAUUUUUGGUGUUCCAUUGCUUAAUUUCUUUAAAAGUUCAACUAAAAGUAAUCAUUAUGCUUUAUUCCAAGUGCAAAACCGGACAUAUAGUUUCACCAACUAAAGUUUUGAGCAGUUGUUCUAGCAUCCAUACCAAAAAGUUACUUGAAGAGAAAAAAAUAUACAUAUUUUCUUUCGAGUAACCUUGUCCCAGCCCGUUAUCCGACUGUAAAAUAUUCUUAAUGUUGUUAAUUAUGUUUUCUCUUAUCGGCUGAUUAUUUUGCUCGUGUUCAGUGAAUGCGGCCUAUAAAGAUAAUAUUCAAUAUUUAUUUUAAAGCAAUAAAAACUAACCACGUAAAAUGCUGUGCCUAAUAGAAAUCAAUUGAAUAUUUGGAAAUGUAAGAUAAGAAUAAAUACAUGCUCGAACAAUUCCAUUCGAUAUGAAGGUAGACCUAUUUUAGUAGAGACUUUUGCGCAACCAACAAUUAAACAUCAUUGUAUAAGAAGAAGAAAGUGACUAAAGAAACGGAUACAGGUUUGAGAAGGAAUGUGUACUGAGAUGAAGAUAGAUGUUCUUCAAAUCGCCAUCGUACUUCACAGCAGUAUAUAUCAAUGAGUUGACGCAUCCAAAGAUGAUUUGUUCACGAAAGACAUAAAUUACUGGUACUACUUGAAUAACAACAAAACUAUAUUUUUACCGUGUACAAAACAAUUUACUGCAAGUUAAAGAAAAAUUCGCCAUUUAUGAAGCUAUUCAUCCGUAGAUGCUCAUCCCUGUUUUGUUUCAAGAAAGCUAACAGCCAUCGAACUGACUGCGAUUACUUUGGAGAGUUACUGCGCUGUUGUUCGAUAAGGUUCUGAUUAUAUUCUAGAUAUUUUAAGUAUUAGGCAUACUAAGGCAGUGUCAAUUGGAAAUAAAUCCAUCAACUAGUCGCCACUUAGUUCUGUAAAAAAAUCUCUACAGUUCACUGUUAAAUGAAAGCUUAACUGAAACAAUAAAAAUAUCAACAAUAAACAAUGCAUGAAGCACAAUGGGCAUUGAAUGAAUCAUAAAACGCGCGCGCUCUAUACUAUGUAGCUCCAAAACUAGUUACCGCACAGAAUUGAUAGCGAAUAAACAACUGGUUUAUGAA